CUUUCCUUCCCUGCGCAUCUUUUCCAUCUGUUGUGGCAAACCUUCUCCAAUCGCUGCAAAUCUUCUCCUCCUUCAAACAUGAAUAGCCAAACCCAGAAGUCCAAUCAAAGCCAUCUCCGCCGCCACUGGAAAGUUCACUGCCGUUGCUCGCCGCCGCAGAUCGAGUUUCCUUCUUCAAGAUCUACAAUGGUGGAGGCCAUAUCUGAUAACCGCAGAUAUCAGAUUGACUAUGAUGGUGGCCGCCUGGCCAGAUCUGUUAGGGCAGUGACCGGCAGAUGGCAGAAGAUAGAUUUGGCUAGAUCUCCGAUGGUGCCAGCCAAAUAUGCAGCGGUGAUAGCAAGAUCUGCAAUGGCGGUGGUUCGAUCUGCAGUGGCGGCCAAUUUUGAGGCGGCGGCCAUGUCCGACGACCGGCGGUGAGCGACGGCGACCGGCGACGUUCCAGAAUUCUGGUUGUCGGCAGUAUUAUUUCCAGGCUUCACAGGGGUGUUUUUGUCAAAUUACAAUUAAUAACUCCUAUUUAAGGAAUUUUUAUACUUUAGUCCUAUUUUGGCAAUUAAAGAUUGAUUUACUCCUAUUUAGGUAAAUACCUCUUAUUUAUAUCCAUCGUCCAGGCUAGUCUUGGCCCGGGUCCAGUCUGACCAGCCCGUGAACCGGGACCAGUUCCAGGCCUAGGACUGGCCCGGGGUGUUAGGGCAGGCCGGGUACAGGUCACCCCAUCCUUUUGGAACCGGGCCGGGUCCGGUUCGUUUUUUUUUUUUUUCAAUUUUUUUUUUCCCAAG